CGUACCUGUGCAACACUUUCCAUUAUCGGCAAUAAGUGGAGCUUUACAAUGAUUUGCAAAAAAAUAAUAUUUUCGCACAUUUUCUGCCUUUUACCUAAAUAGGUGAGGUCGUCCUAUUUCAACAUGAAGUUUGAGAAAAACAUAUGUAUCCUAAAUGUUGGUGGCACCAAAUAUGCUUUCACGAGAGAGGUUAUUAAGGAUUUUCCUCUCCGAAGGGUGAGUAGACUGCACAACUGUUCGUCCGAGAAGGAAGUCCUGGAGGUGUGUGAUGACUAUGACCAGGAGAGGAAUGAGUUUUUCUUCGACAGGCACUCCGAGGCUUUUGUCUUUAUUAUGCUUUACGUGCGAUCUGGAAAGCUUAGGUUCGUGCCGCAAAUGUGCGAGCUUUCGUUCUAUAAUGAAAUGAUUUACUGGGGGUUGGAGAGCUCACACUUGGAAUUUUGUUGCCAGCGGCGACUUGAUGAUAGGAUGUCCGACACAUACACAUACUUUUCAGAUGAGGAUAUCAAAGCGGAGGAUGAUUCCAGGGGCGAGGAAGACCAAGACAAUCCUUCCUCCACCGAGAGGAGCAACGCAGGCUGGCUGGAGAGGAUGCGAAGGACUUUUGAAGAGCCUGCUUCUUCUGUUGCAGCGCAGGUCCUUGCUUCAGUGUCAGUGAUCUUUGUGAUUAUAUCUAUGGUAUUACUUUGUGCAAGUACUCUGCCGGACUGGGACACAGCAAAAAACAAUACAGUCGAAGAGCACAGGAUCAUUGAAGCGGUGUGCAUCGGCUGGUUCACCGCUGAGUGCAUAGUGCGCUUCAUCGUUUCACGGGACAAAUGCGAGUUUGUGCGCCGGCCCCUGAACAUCAUUGACUUGUUGGCCAUCACCCCAUACUAUGUGUCUGUUGCCAUGACGGCAUUGACAGGGGAGAACCCGCAGCUGCAGCGGGCAGGUGUCACACUGCGCGUGCUACGCAUGAUGCGCAUCUUCUGGCUGAUCAAGCUGGCACGCCACUUCCUGGGCCUGCAGACGCUGGGCCUGACACUACGCCGCUGCUACCGUGAAAUGGUCAUGCUGCUGGUGUUUGUCUGCGUCGCCAUGGCGAUCUUCAGUGCCCUUGCCCAGCUUCUGGAACAUGGGCUGGACCUCGAGACCAGCAACGAGGACUACGCCAGUAUCCCGGCAGCCUGUUGGUGGGUUAUUAUCUCCAUGACGACCGUCGGCUAUGGAGACAUGUAUCCCAUCACCAUGCCGGGGCGCGUGCUGGGUGGUGUGUGUGUCGUGAGUGGCAUUGUGCUCCUGGCUCUCCCAAUUACCUUUAUCUACCACAGCUUUGUGCAGUGCUACCACGAGCUCAAAUUCCGCUCAGCACGCUGCGUGCGAAGUCUCUCCGCUGAGUUUCUCAACUGACUGUUAGUCAUUGAUUUCUCCUCAGCCCAGCUCUAUUACCCUCUAUUACCUGGUCUCUUCUCUUCUGUGCCUUUGUUUUAAAACCUUGAAUGGCCUCAUGAAUUACAAGCUGAGCUGUAGUGAAUAAGGAAUACUGCUACUUUGGCUAAGAAAAUAGUUACUUACAAAUGCAGCAUCUCUUUGACCUACAUCUAAAAGAUAACAAGUACCUCUGAAAGCUGGGAUGCAUACACUCAGACUUCUUCUCCACCAUGGAAACAAGAGAAGCAAAGCAUGGAAAAUCCUACAGGUGGAAAGCACACAAAAAUAAUGUCAAUCCAAAGGAACUACACAAGGCACUGUUUGCAUUAUAACCCCAUGUCUAUGAAAACCAAUGAAAAUGCUCCAAAAAAAAGGACAACUGUGGCAACAGCCGGCACCAGAUGGCAUGGCUGCCUAUGAAGGGUUGUCUGGCAAGACUCCUGGGUCUUGACAGUCCUCCAGACCAUAGCUGGCUUUUCCUCAAGCACCCUGGUCUGGCCUCACAUGCAGAAACACUCUGUUCCCAUGGAGAGAUUUCUCCAGCUCAUUAGAUCAUUAGUUCAGUUCAAUUUGACUUUGAAAGCCCUCCAGUUAUAAAUGGCAAAAAGCAUGGGGGUAGAAAGGUCUACAAGGAAAGGUGGAGAUAUGGAAGGCAAAUAUUUGAAGAGACACACAGGGAUAUAGGUGGAAAGAUCUUAAAAUUGCAGUAAUAAAUAAACCUGAUAGAGGCAGUAGGGUGUUAGAUAUUUAUUUUUAACAGUUGAAAACUAAAUAUUUCUGUGUAAGCAAAAAGCAGCUGUGAAACUGAAAGUGAAGUCGUUACCAGCAAGGUGGUCACAUUAUCAUGGUUCACAUCCCUAAGUCCCAGAAACAAACAUCAGCUGUUCCGCUACAAAGGGAUAGAACCGCCACCUGCCUAUAUCUCAGUCUAGGAAUAUGACUGUGUGAACCAAGAGGUGUUAACUAAAUUGAUUAGCAAACACCUCACCCACACACUCAACAGUAGGAGGGCUGUCACUCCUCCUCCUUCACUGUAAUCACAACAAGCACAAAAGCAAGCCUCUCUCCUACCUUGGAUGGGCUCCUCACGUGUCCUGUGGCUCCCUGAUUUUGAAUGUUAUACAAAUAUUCGUCAGUGCAGAGCAAGUGAACCUCAUGAUUGAAAUCCACUUUUUGGAGGGGAGAGGGAGAGGGGAACAGUUCAAGUAGAAAACAAUUAAAAAGUAAAUUCUAAAGACUGCAUCUGUAAAUUUGGUUACUUGAUAAUAUGAAAUGUAUUGUGACAAGAAAGUCUAUGAAUGAGUGCCUCUUAAAAUGUAAUGCUACCUAAAAGACUUUAUUGGUUUAUCUUUAGUUUUGACUCUCAUCCCUACCUUAAUGAUUUCUGUAUGCCAUUGCUUGGUAGAUGACUUAACUGAAUGUAUAGUUUAAAAAAUUAAACAACAUGAAAGAAAAGGUUAAAAAGGUUUAUCCCACAUUGGAAUGGCAGUAGUUAAUUUUAAGCAUUCCCACCACAUCCCACUUUUUUAAAAUUACAUAUUGCAUUUUAAACUGUGAAGCUGUAAGUAUUGCAAAAGUGUUAUUGAAUGCUUUCUAUGUCUUGUGGUAGGUAA